AAUAUCAACGAAGGACCUCUCUUAAACCACUAUAAAAACCCUUCAUAAUUUUAUUCUCUAAUCAUCAAAACAACACCAAUUCACUUCAAUAUCUUAACAUCUCUUCUUAAUUAUUUCCUGUGUCGUCAAUAUGACUGUGUCUGUCGAGCACCCGCUACCCGAUUCCCAAGUGGUGGAAAACAAGAACCAGUGUACUACCGAUGAGCUGGUACUGGAUGGAGGGUUUGUGGUGCCUGAUCCGGUGGCUGGUGGCGGCUUUGAUGCACCGGAAAUCAAUGCAUUUGGUCACACUUUCAGAGACUAUGAUGUCGAAAGCUUGCGAAACAAGCAAGUUGAGGAGUUUUACAAGAUGAACCAUAUCAACCAGACAUAUGAAUUUGUGAAGAAGAUGAGAGAGGAGUAUAAGAAACUGGAUAAACUGGAGAUGAGUAUAUGGGAAUGUUGUGAAUUGUUAAAUGAAGUUGUGGAUGAUAGUGAUCCUGAUUUGGAUGAACCACAAAUUGAGCAUUUGUUGCAGACAGCUGAAGCCAUUAGGAAAGAUUAUCCAGAUGAGGAUUGGCUCCAUUUGACUGCACUUAUUCAUGACCUUGGGAAAGUUCUGUUGCUUCCACAAUUUGGGGAGCUUCCACAAUGGGCUGUUGUUGGUGACACACACCCUCUUGGUUGUGCUUUUGAUGAGUCAAUUGUUCACCAUAAGUAUUUUAAAGAAAAUCCGGAUUUGAACAAUCCUGCUUAUCAAACUAAGAAUGGAGUUUAUGAAGAAGGAUGUGGACUAGAAAAUGUGAUGAUUUCAUGGGGUCAUGAUGAUUACAUGUAUUUGGUUGCCAAGGAAAACGGGACCACUUUGCCCCAAGCAGGAUUGUUCAUCAUUCGCUACCAUUCUUUCUAUCCAUUGCAUAGGUCUGGAGCAUACAAACAUUUGAUGAAUGAGGAGGAUGUUGAGAACUUGAAGUGGCUUCAAAUCUUCAACAAGUAUGAUCUCUACAGUAAAAGCAAAGUCCGAGUUGAUGUCGAAAAGGUCAAGCCAUACUAUCUAUCCCUCAUAAAAAAGUAUUUCCCAGAAAAGCUGAGAUGGUGAAGACUCUUAUGUUAAAAGAUAAUUGUUUAUUAGAGGUUAUCAAAAAAUCAUCAAUAGUUUUCUUCUACUGUAAAUGUAUCUAUUAAUAAUUGUUUGCUUUGUAAUUUAUAUCGAAAAUUGAUCAUAUAUCAAGAUAUAAAGUCUCCGAUGGAGUUGAGUUUGUAACAAGGAUAUAAUAGAUAUAAAGUCUCCAAUGGAGUUGAGUUUGUAACAAGGAUGUAAUACAAUGUGAGGAAAGAUUAUUAUGUAUUGUUAUUAUUAUAUUAUUUAUCAUUUAUCUUUAAAUAUUAA